AUGGCAGCGACGGCGACAGCGACAGCGACGGCGACUUUGCCGGUGGCCCCCGUCAUGAAAGAGGAGAUCCCAGCAUCCCAGCUCUGGAACUCCAACCGUACCCGUACUACUCGAGGUUUAUAACUUGCACCCAUAACCUGUUUGCGAAUAUGCCCCAAGGGGAUGAGCUCGCUUCAGUUGAUGAACAUGUGAUUAGAUGGAGAUGGAGAUGGAAUGGUUCGUUUUAGGUGGUGGGUUUUCUCACGCAGCCAAGAACCUGCCAAUCCUUUGAUAUGUUGUUGUCACGGUCCUUUCCUGAACCUGGGUUCUUGCUUGAUUAGGAAAGGCGGAUGAGCUCUACCUGGGGUACGAGAGGUGGCUGCCCGCCGCGCCGAAGGUGAAGAAACCGAGAUCGAUCUACAAUGCGGCCUCUUUGGCCUACCUGGGGGAUGGCAUAUACGAGGUAUGGGGCUGCGGCGGUUUGUCUCUUCCAGUGAGACUUCUAAAGACAAACCCAGCCUUCUUUGUCUUGACCUUCGCUUCGCUCAUUUCCUAUCCUGUUCUUGCCCAUUUUUCUCCUUCUUUUGAUGCUCCCCAGAGUCUUUACCUUUCAUCUGCAGUUUUCUGCGCCGCCGGGUUUGAUAUCGACGAAUAAAAGAAGACGUAUUCUAUCUGGAAAUCGAUAAUUAUCUUAGAAAUCUGAUGCGGCCGCUUCUUAUAGAAAAAGUCUUCUAAGGCAGUUGACUUUGUGCGAUGUUCUUCCUGCGCUCGCAAUUAUAUAACGCGCCGCAGCGCUUUCUGUGACGUUCUUCUCUCUGCAGCUCUACGCCCGCAGGCACUUUUUGUUCCCCCCGAAGAGCAUCGACGUAUACAACGAACGUGUGAUGGCGAUCGUACGGUGCGAAGCGCAGGUUCGGACGGAUGUUUGAGAGAUUUCUCUUUCUCUCUCUAAGGCUCCCUGUUCCAUCACAUAAUCCACCGCCCCCGAGUCUUAUCAGUCUUCAAGAACAUCUUCAGAGCUCAGCCUCCUACCUACCCACUAACGUUACGCUCGAUGUGGCAGGAUGCAUUGCUGAAAAAGCUGAUGAACGAGGACUACCUUACAGAGGAAGAGAGGUAACCAGAGCUCCCCAUCCCCCAUAUGCUUGGAGAGAUGAGAUUCCGCCAUUGAAAUCCUCUUCUCCACAGAGACAUUCUUCGGUGGGGGAAGAACAUCGCAUCCGGCAAGACCCGGACGAAGAAGCGGGCCGGCAUGCAGGUCUACAGCCGGGCAUCCUCCCUCGAAACCCUCGUAAGAAACACUUUUCUUGUUCACUCUUCCCCCCACAGCGGGAGAUCCCUCUAUCUAAGGAAAGAAAGAAAGAACCCACAUGCUGAUCUCCCCCUCUGAACCUGUUCGGCAGAUCGGGUUUCUCUACCUCACCGACGUGAAGCGAUUGGAGGACCUGAUGCGGAGACUGGGGUUCUCGGCCGGCGCCCCUCCCCCGGAUCAUAUCAUGGAGGAGGUGGGGAGUCAACGUCCCGAAUGA